AUGUCAGAACAAGACAUUCUUCCAAACAAAUACAGUGAAUUGCGAGGUAUUUAUAAAUCUUACAUCGAUACAUGUAAUGCAUUGUAUCAGUUGAAAACGGAAAAUGAAGAAGAAUUAAACUCAAUUUACAAAAUGAUCAAAACAGAAUUGAUUGAUUCAAAGAAAUAUCAUCCUCGAAAUAUAAUAUACGAUAUCUUAAAGUUAAUUGAAUAUAACAAUCGCUAUAAGAAAUCAUAUUUAUAUCUUUGCAAACUCAUAUCUGAUGAUUUCAAUAUUAAAUUUAUUUGGAACUUGAAUGUCAGUAUCCAUGAAAAUGAUACAAUUUACAGAGCAAUUAUGGAAAAUGACAAAGAAAGAUUCAUCGCACUCACUGAAGGAUAUUCAUAUCCAUUGCUUAGAAGCAGUUUAUAUCCCUAUAAUAGUAUUGGAUAUUCAUUACUUGAAUUAUGUUGUUAUCACGGAGCAGUUGAUUGUUUCAAGUUCUUAAGAACAAAAUAUAAAUCAGAAAUAUAUAAUAGAUGUCUAGAAUUAUCAUUUUUAGGAGGAAAUCCAGAGAUUAUGAAUGAGUGUUUGAAAUAUCGAAAACCAGAUAAAUGGUGCAUGACUUAUGCAAUUAUUUCACACAACAUUGAUUUUGUAGCAUUCUUGAGGAAUGAAUACAAAAUAGAGAUCGAUUUAUAUGAUUGCGGAUUGUUUAAUAAUCUUGAAGCGUUUUUAGUUUAUUUCGAUCAAACUAAUGAUAUUGACAAUUGCUUUAUUUAUUCAACGAUGUUUAAUAUUCCAGCAUUAUGCGAAUAUUUCCUUUCACAAGGUGCAAAUAUCAAUUAUAAAAAUCAAGAAGAAAUCACCGCUCUUCAUUUGGCAGCAAUUAAAAAUAGAAAAGAAGUAGUAGAAUUUCUUCUUUCACAUGGCGCAAAUAUCAAUGAAAUAAAUGAAGAUGGACAAACUGCUCUUCAUUAUGCGGCAAGUAACAAUAGUAAAGAAACAGCUGAACUUCUUAUUUCGCAUGGUGCAAAUAUCAAUGAAAUGGAUGAAGAUAGAAAAACCGCUCUUCAUUUUGCAAUAAGUAGUGGUAGUAAAGUAACAGCUGAGCUUCUCAUUUCGCAUGGUGCAGAUAUCAAUAAAAAAGAUAGAGAUGGGAAAACCGCUUUCCAUAUGGCAGCUGAUCAAAAUAGUAAAGCAAUAGCAGAAUUUCUGCUUUCACUUGGUGCAAAUAUCAAUGAAAAAGAUAAACGUGGACUAACUGCUCUUCAUUAUGCAGCAAGUAGAAAUUAUAAAGAAAUGGCCGAAUUUCUUAUUUCUCAUGGUGCAAAUAUCAAAACAAUAGAUGAAGAUGGUAGAACCGCUUUUAUUCAUGCAGCAAUGCAAAACAGUAUAGAAACAGUCGAAUUUCUGUUUUCACAUGGUGCCCAUAUCAAUCGAAAGGAUCAUUACGGUUCCACUGCUCUUCAUUAUGCAGCGCUUGGAUAUGCAGAUGAAACAGUCAAAUUCCUUCUUUUACAUGGUGCACAUAUCGACGAAAAAAUUGUAGAGGAGAAACUGCUCUUCAUAUUGCAGCAUUUCAAAAUAGAAAAGAAACAAUCAAAAUUCUAG